GCCCACACAAGGCACAAGCCCAAGAGCCGCCCCCAAAAGAGAUCCACCCGGCAACUCCCAGCCGUCGCGGCCCUCCUGCAGCCGCCGCCGCGCAAGGAGGAUUUUCCGGCCCCACCCACACCACGCGAUGGACACCGACCUCGGCGGCGCGUCGGCCGCGGGCAUGGACGAGGCGGAGGCGGCCUUCUUCGCGCGGCGCGGCCGCCGGUGCUGCUGCUUCCCCUGGCCCGCCGCCUCCCACCAGCGGGUGGGCGCGGCGGCGGGGCUGGCGGAGGAGAGCUGGUGGCAGCGCGCGGUCCUCAAGGUGCGGGAGUGGUCGGAGCUGGUGGCCGGGCCGCGCUGGAAGACCUUCAUCCGCCGGUUCGGCCGCGCCGGGCCGCCCACGCGGCCGCACCACCACUUCGGCGGCCGCAAGCUCAACUACGACUCCCUCAGCUACGCGCUCAACUUCGACGAGGGCCACGGCGCCAGCCCCGAGGGCGACUUCACCGGCUACCGCGACUUCUCCGCGCGCUUCGUCGGCCCGCCGGCGUCCGCCAAGUCCUCCAUGGACCUCGGCGGCCGCGACGCGCCGCCGCUCUUCAACCCGCCGCCGCAGCCGCCCCACGACGGAGCCGGCCGGGACUGACCGCUCCGUGGCGCUCCCCCCCCCCCCCCCCCCCCCCCAAGAGACCAACCCGCCGAUCGAUCGCCGGAUCGGAGGAGACGAGGAACGCUGAUUGAUCGGUCAAUGCCGCAAUGGACGUCGGAACAAGAAAAGAUGGUGCCCUUUUCACCUUGGACAGAUUCGAUUCCCCGGCCGUGUUGGUGGCAUGUAAAGAAGAGAUUGUUACUGCAUUCCUUGUCAUCUUACAUUCUUACUCCUGCUGUAAUGGAUUCGUUGGUCCUGUCCCAGUUUUGCCCCGAUUGAAAUGAACACCACCACCCCAUAAGUUUUGAUUGGUCGACGAAA